GAUGGGGAUUGGUUAUACUUUUUAACGCGCUUUAAUGGUAGAGAGAAUUUUAAGCGAACCUGGAAUGAAUAUGUUCAUGGUUUUGGCAAUGUUGCCAAUGAAUAUUGGUUUGGGUUUAGAGCGUCUCUAUGCUCUAACAAACUAUUAUGGACCACAAGAGUUGAUUGUGUAUAUUGAAAAUUUUGAAGGAAUAGCGAAAUAUGCACGAUAUAGUGAUUUUGUUAUUGGAAAUGCAAGUGAAAAAUAUGAAUUAAAGACAUUGGGAGAAUAUUCGGGUACAGCUGGUGAUAGUAUGAGCAAUCAAUUUGGCUGCUAUUUUACUACAUAUGACAAUGAUAAUGAUAUGAAUGAUUCAUUAAAUUGUGCUAAAACUUAUGGAGGUGGUUUUUGGUUUAAGAGUUGUACUACUGCAAAUCCCACUGGAUUUAUAUAGAGGAGAUAAUGGAGAUAUUGGAAGCUUUUGGCAUGAUUUUGGUGGCUGGAAUUAUUCCCAUUAAACAAUUAUAUUCAUGAUUCGUCGUAAAAGUGUAAUAAAAUUAAAAUAAUUUAGUUU